AUGGGGGACAUUCUUAACUAUACUGCCAGCGGAACGUUGAACAGGUCUUUGACAGAUCAGGACAGGUUCAGCAGUCUGGAGGACAUAGAUGUAUCUGCUGAUGGGAGCCCGGUUCUUAGAUUCAUUAUCUCGAUAGUAUAUUCGGUGGUGUGCGCUGUUGGGUUGGUGGGGAACUUGUUGGUUUUUUUCUUCAUAAAAGUGAAACAAGGCAGGAAAAAGUCCACAAUCAACUUCUUUAUUCUUAACCUGGCUGUGACAGACUUCCAGUUUGUGUUGACCCUGCCCUUCUGGGCAGUGGACACCGCUCUUGACUUCAGCUGGCCGUUUGGGGAUGCGAUGUGCAAAAUCAUUCUGUCCGUCACUGUCCUGAACAUGUACGCUAGCGUGUUCUUUCUCACUGCCAUGAGCAUCACACGCUACUGGUCUGUCGCAUCAGCUCUUAAAAACCGAACUCAACCGAUAUCCUGUUCGGUGAAAUGGGCGAGCGCGCUACUGUGGGUCUCAGCGACCGUGGCUACGGCACCAACAUCUAUAUACUCCACGGUGAAAAACGUAGCUGGAGAGAAGCUCUGUCUUUUGAAAUUCCCCCAUGGACAGUAUUGGCUUGCAGUGUACCAUCUUCAAAAGAUUUUGAUUGCCUUUGUCUUACCGAUGCUAAUUGUUUCCAUCUCCUAUUUGUUGCUCCUGCGGUUCAUCCGCCUGCGAAGCAUGAACACUAAGAACUCCAAGAGGAGAUCCAAAGUCACAAAAUCCGUCACUAUCGUGGUCCUCUCGUUCUUUCUUUGUUGGAUGCCAAACCACGCCAUCACGUUCUGGGGAGUCUUAGUCAAAUUCAAUGUGGUUUACUGGGAUCAAACAUACUACACUGUUCACACUUAUGUGUUUCCAGUGACUGUCUGUCUAGCUCAUGUAAAUAGCUGUUUAAACCCAGUUCUUUACUGUCUCACGCGGAGGGAGUUUAGAAAGAAGUUGAAAGAUUUCAUUUUUAGAAUGUAG